GAGGUGUGGCUUGGUGAGACCCACGUGGAUUUGAUUCUGUCCUAGCUAGCUGGGAAGAGGAGAUCGGGAGUAUCUUGAGCUUCCACAUUCAUGCUGAACAUCAAGCUGAGAGGUGUACACACACUGGGACACUAUGCAGCUGCUGCUUGCAAACAGAAAGUGUUAAGUUUUUCAACUGCUGUUUCCACUGUCAACAAGAGCAGUACAGCCAACCAAUGGUUGCAUCGGCAAACAUGCAAGAAGCUGUCAUCUCCACACACUGAGCAAGGUGUCAUAGCAACUAUCGACAGCUUCGUUUCUGCUGGAAUGGUGCAAGAAGCAGAGCCCUUGUUCAAUCUUUAUCGUCGUCAAGGCCACCAAUUUGAUGUAGACGUUUACAACAUACUGCUAGAUGCUUGGGCAGCACAGUCCAACAAGAUCAGAGCCAGUGUGUUGUAUGAUACAAUGCCUGGGGACAGAGUGGAGAGGAGCAUUCAAACAUACGCUAUCAUGCUUGCUCUGUGUGCACAUCUCUACUACUCUAAUAGAUUUGAGGACUGGAGCUGUGCCAGUGAAAUUUGUGAAGAGCUGAAAAGCAAGGGUCAUAAACUGGAGAGCAUACUGCAUACAGCAAGCCUCUCUCGUCAUGACACUCAACUGGUCUUAAAGGUACUGAGUCACUUUGGGGUGACCCCUAUGACCCCUCCUCCGCCCGAAGUAGUCUAUCCCAGAGUGGUGCAAUCGUUGUAUAAACAGUGGAGACAAGAUACCCAAUCUGGAAAGGAACUCUCCCACCCUCCAGUCUUGAAAGAACUGUUCAAAGAUGAGGGCUCUCUGAAACGCUGUCUAGAGAACCAGCUCGACAUUGAGCGGAAGAGUUUCGAGGUCGUUCGUUCGAUUGCAGUUACAACCCGCAAAGCGACCAAGGAUAUCAACGUAAAGGAGGUACUGAAGGAACUGCGCCAGUCUUGGAAGGAGCAGCUCACUGCGGUUAUAAAGAACGACAUAGAAGAGUUCCGAGCCAUCAUUGAGCUUAUACCAGAUUUGAGUGGCACCUUCCGUGGUCCAAAGCAGUUUCCCUUCCUAGCUCUGUUGCCAGCUGAAGAUUGGGCAAGCCUUCUGGUUGACCAGGUGCUGAUGUCGCUCAUAGCACACCCAGAUGGCAUGCCCAUACAGUACGUGAAUAGGCAGGUGGGACAAGCUGCAUGGACCAAGUACUCUGUCAUCAGGAAGGAGAAGAGGGGACUCUUGGACAAGAUUCAGUUGAUGUAUGAGCAGUACAUUGAGAAGCUCCAGUCUCCAGUCCAUUCCAACAGACCAGAACGAGAGAUCUGGAAUGAGACAAACUGGAACACAAUAUCCUAUGGAUCACUGGAAUGUGACCCACCCAAAUGGACAAGAGUUAUCAGCAGUCAUGUUGUGAGUGCUCUGCUGGAGAGACUACUGGAGGUGGCCACUGUGCCAGUCAACUUUGCCAAACCACAUGGCCCCAGACAGUCUGCCUUUGAACAUCUCAUAAUCACUCCCGAACCAGAGGAGGAUAAGAGAUUCGAACCACUCGACAAUUACAAAAAGAUGGGAUUCAUUCGAGCCACUAAAAGUCUCUACAGCUUUGCCAGACACUACCACAAGGACACGGAGGAGUUCUUGCAUGUGAGCAGUUUUCUACUCCCUAUGUUGGUCCCCCCUCGACCCUGGACCGCCCCCCACAUGGGAGGCUACCUCCUCUCUCCGUUUGCAAUCAUUCGUUGCCCUGAGGAUACGUACCAACACCAGCUGCUACUGGAGCAAGCUAAUAACCUCAAUGCUGUCUAUGACUCUCUCAAUUAUAUCGGCAAUUGCCCCUGGGCAGUCAAUGGACCGAUACUGGAUCUGGUGAUUCAGUUGUUCAACGGAGGUGGGGACACCAAGCUGGAGAUACCGUCCUGCUCUGAGUUCAUUCUUGAGAAGAGCACGAGGUUAUUGAGUGCUGAGGAGUUGAAACAACGGAACAAAGUUGCACGAGAAAGUUUCUCUCUCUGGAUGGACAUGCUGUAUCGACUGUCACUGGCCAAUCAUUACCGAGAUAAAGUGUUUUGGUUGCCGCACAACAUGGACUUCAGGGGAAGAGUCUACCCAAUACCACCACACCUCACACACAUAGCAAUGGAUGUUGGGAGGGCUAUGCUCAAGUUUGGAGUGGGGUACCCCCUGGGAGAGGGGGGGCUCGAUUGGCUGAAGAUACACAUCAUCACGCUACAAGGGGCAAAGAAAAAGGAAUCAAUGGAAGUCAGACUACAGUUUGCUAAUGACAUUAUUGAUGAUAUCAUCGACUCUGCAGACAAUCCUCUCACAGGCAAGAAGUGGUGGCAGAGUGGAGAUGACCCGUGGCAAGUGCUGGCUUGUUGUGUGGAGAUAGCCAAUGCCAUCAGGUCAGGAGACCCCUCCUCUUUUGUUAGCCACCUUCCAGUACAUCAGGAUGGCUCAUGCAAUGGACUACAGCACUAUGCUGCCAUGGGUAGGGACUACCUUGGUGGUAAACAGGUCAACUUGAUUCCUCAAGAUCAACCAGAAGAUACCUACGCAGCAGUUGCAUCAGUGGUGGAACAGCUACGCAAGAAAGAUGCGGACAAUGGUCAUGAGAUUGCCACAAUACUGGAAGGAAAAAUCAAUAGAAAAGUUGUCAAGACUACAGUGAUGACUGUUGUGUACGGUGUUACAUGGAUUGGGGGACGAUUGCAAAUUGAAAAACAAAUUGAUGGUCAUGUGCCGGAUGACCAGCUCUGGAACUGUUCUAACUAUCUGGUGGGGAACGUGUUUGCUUCUCUGAGGGAGUCCUUUGCCAACGCUCGGUUCAUUCAAGAUUGGUUGGCAUCCAGUGCUCGUAAAGUGUCUCUGGCUGGACGACCAAUGGAAUGGAUCACUCCUCUGGGCCUGCCCAUAGUGCAGCCUUACCACAAGCAAGUCAUGAAACAGGCUUAUGUGAAGUUACAGUCUGUUGCUCACACCACCUCCUCUGACUUCACCACACCCCCUGACACCAGACGGCAGAAAAUGGGGAUGCCCCCUAAUUUCGUCCACUCAAUUGACUCCACCCACAUGAUGCUCACCUCCCUACACUGUCACAGGGCUGGUGUUCCAUUUGUUGCUGUUCAUGAUAGCUACUGGACACACCCCUGCUUUGUGAACAAGAUGAACCAGUUCUGUAGAGAGCAGUUUGUGGCGCUUCAUGAAGAGCCAAUACUGGAGGACCUGGCUGAUGCCUGGGAGGAGAAGUAUGGAAGACUAGAGUACAAGGAAAUUCAACCAGCCAGAAAGGUCAAGUGUCAGUUCAGAGAUCCAUUUCCUAGCAUUGGUGAUCUCAAUCUGAAGCAAGUGCUGAAAUCAACUUAUUUUUUCUCCUAACUAUUUCUACUGCAUGCAUGUGGACAGUCUAACAACUAUAUCAGGUUUUCAUUACAAUAAUCUUUCUUUAUCUAUAUAGUUUCAAUUGCUUGUAUCAUUUCUUUAAUAUAGUGAGUAUAUUUAAUAUAACAAAAUAA